GUGAGAUGUAGAGUAUAUCCCUGGGGUACCGUUGAAACCGACAGUCUUGAACACAACGAUUUUCAAGCACUGAAAACCCUUCUUAUGAGGCAUUUCAUGCAGGAUCUUAUUGACGUGACCCACACCAAACACUACUCCAAUUACCGGAAAAAUCGGUUGGCAGAUGUCAUGCAAGCAGCCAACUUCAACCUCCAAGACGGUCGUGAUCCUCUUUGUCAAUUAGAUUCCGAAAGACGUGCCCAUCAGAUGAAGCUCGAUAAGUUGGUUGAGGAGAUGAACCAAGUCUAUGUCGAAAAGGUUCGUGAACGUGAAAAGCGCCUAAAGGACAGUGAACGCGAUUUGACAGAAAGAAUCCGUCAAAUGCAACAGCAACUCGAAUUAGAAGCUGAAGAUCUCACUAAUGCUCGACAGACUUUCAAUGAUGAACGUGUCGCUUGGGAGAUGGAGAAUAGAGACUAUGCUGAUGUAAGUCUACUGAAAUAA